AUGCCAAGGGCUCGCGGAUUUGAAUACUGGUUUGGUGGCAUUGAUCUCAAUGCAACUCCUGAAGCUAGUACAUCAACUGAUCAACAUGAUGGGCAGCCGCCAGAAGUCGGAGGCCAUCGUGUCGAUCCCCAAGGAGAUGAAGCAGGUCUUUCAAACAAUGAUCAGCAAGCUAAUUCGCGUGCACGGACUGGUGUUACACUUUCCAGUGAGGAAAGCGAUGGUGAAGCUGAGGUUGAGUCAACGCCUAAAGGAUAUGUUCCAAAGGUUCCAUUUGUUGGCAUGAUGUUUGACACACCUGAACUAGCUUUGCAGCACUACAACAGAUAUGCUCACCACAUUGGUUUUUCAGUGAAGAUAGAAUCAUCUAGGAGAUGUGCUAAAGAUGGUGAGCUAGAUAAAUUUGUUUAUGUCUGCAACAAAUCUGGGAAGCCUAGAGAAGAAGAAGCAGUCCCAGUUAAGCAGAGGAACCGUAAGCUAACUGUGUUGACCGACUGCAAAGCAAAGCUUCGAGUAAAACGUGAUGGUGCUAGAUGGAAAGUUACUCAGUUUGUUGAGGUGCAUACACAUGAGGUGAUUGACAAGUUUGCGCUUAAGAAGUACUUGAGAUCACACAACAAGAUCCCUGCAGAAGAGAAAAAGUUCAUUGAAUUGUUGCAUGAAGUCAACCUUACUUCAGGAAGAAUCAUGGAAAUCAUGGGGGAGCUAUAUGGGAGCAAGCAGAAUGUCCCAUACAACAGCAAAACAGUUAGUAACUACACUGCAAAACUAGGGAACUAUGACAGGAUUAAAGAUAUCCCAGAGCUGCUAGAGUACUUUGAAGAAAUCAAGAAAGAUGAUCCCAGAUUUUUCUACAGGUUCAAGCUAGAUGCAGAAAAUAAAGUGGAGAACCUGUUCUGGGUGGAUAGCAAAGCAAGAGAUGUCUACCCCCUGUACAAUGAUUGUAUUUCUUUUGAUACAACAUUCAUGACAAACCAGUACAACAUGCCAUGUGCUCCUUUCAUUGGAAUAAAUAGAUAUGGUCAAUCCAUCCAGCUUGGUUGUGGUUUUGUGAGGAAUGAAUCUUCUGUGAACUUUGUGUGGUUGUUUGAGCGGUUUUUAGAGGCAAUGGACGGACUACAUCCAUUGAACAUCAUUACAGAUCAAGAUGCAGCUAUCAGAACUGCUAUCCUCAUUGUGUUCAUUGGCAUCAUACACAGGUUUUGCAGGUGGCAUAUAAUGCAAAAAGUACAGGAAAAACUUGGUACUUUUGUUGCUCAGAGAGAAGACUUGCGUUUAGAGUUCAAUGAUGUGAUUGACUACAGCAUGACACCGGAAGAGUUUGAACAGCGGUGGGCAAAUAUGGUGGAAAUGCAUGGGGUUGCAGAUAACACACAUUUUCUUGACCUCUAUGAUUUGCGUGAGUAUUUUGUGCCAGCAUAUUUCCGCCACCGGUUUUUCCCAUUCCUUCAAACUACAUCUAGAAGUGAAGGGUUUAAUGCUGUUCUUAAGCAGUAUGUUCAUCCACAUGAUAGCCUUGUUCGUUUCUUCAAGCAGUACAUGAAACUGCAGGAAAGAAUUGAUGUAACAGAAGAUGCUCAUGAGUUUGAUGGUGAUGAGAAGACAGUCAGGCUUUGGGGGGACUUUCCCAUGGAGAAGCAGAUCCUUCAGACAUACACCAUGCCCAUCUACCACCGCUUUCAGCUUGAGCUUCGGAAGAUUACAUCCUAUAAUGUUCGUGACAUUGGUGUUACUGAACAAGGGAGCAUUCAUGAGGUUUUCCCAAUACAAGGAUCCGUGUGCGGGUACGGUAGGAGGAGUUAUCGUGUCGAUGCUGAUGUAGCUAAUGGAAUCUACAAUUGUGAAUGUUGCAAAAUUAACAGGGAUGGUAUCCUGUGCUGCCAUGCAUUGAAAGUUAUGACAUAUCUAGGGAUGGUUACAAAAUACCCAGAGCACUACAUCCUACCCAGUGAUUUUGCUAAGCUUGCUGUUGGUUUAGCGGCCUCAGAGAAAACUAAUGAAAUGGCUGAACGGCACAUGAGAGCAAUGGAGAAAGAGAUGGCAGAUUUGAAAAAGGCUAAUGCUGAUGCACUCAAAAAAAGGAAGAGCGCCAAGCAUCCAGUAAACACCAACACUGCUAAUGAUUCACAAGAAAGUGUACCUAUGGAAGAAGAUGCUGCUACUGUGGAGAAUCGGAAAGCUAGGAACCCACCAAUGUCAGCGACAAAAGGGCGCCCAGGUUCAAAAAGAAAGAAAGGUGGUCUACAGUUACAGAAACCAAAACAAGGUCUUUGUGGUGUGUGCAAGCAACCAGGUCACGAUGCUCGUACGUGCGAGGUGCGACUAGCAAACCCAGAGAAGUAUAGUUUGUUGGGCCUUUUUCAUUGA